CAGCCUCCGCGUCUGCACUCACAUGUGUGAAUCCGUCCAUUUGAAAAUCUCGAAUCUGUUCGUGUCAGCUUUUACUUGAACACGAGCUUAUCGUUACGAGACCCCUCCAUGAAAUCCUGGUGUAUUAUGAACGAGGCUUGACGGCCUAAUCUUCUUCCAAACAUAAGAUUUGGAAAAGAGACAUGGAGGGACGCAUGCCAGCAUGCUACAAAAGCCCUCGCGCCUCCAGUCGCCAAUGCAGCGAUCAGCAGAAUACUUCUUGACAUAUUUUUCUUUCAGCCUCUGACCUGUAUUUUCUGUUGCCUCAUCAUGGGAGACGCUGGGGAAGCAAGAGGCCCUCUGCGGAUAGCCAUCAUCGGAGGAGGCAUAGGUGGACUAAGUCUUUUAUUAGGGAUCUUGAGACACUGCGACCGACGCGCUAUCGAACCACACCUUUACGAAGCUGCCCAUGCGUUUUCUGAGAUCGGUGCUGGCGUUGGCUUUCUCCCCAAUGCGGUGCGAGCCAUGCGUGUGAUCGACCCUAGAAUCUACGAAUCCUACAGCCGAAUCGCAGACACGGCGCCCCCGGUAAAAGUCAAUGGCCGAGAAAUGUCGGUCUUCUCCAGUGUUUAUAUGGGCAUGGACGGAAAAGGAGGGACCAACACGGCCAAGGCCUUGGAAGAGAUUUGUACAAUCCACAACGACAAUAGGUUCCGCAAUAUCCACCGGGCAGUUUUCUUGGACGCGAUGGUGAACCUCUUGCCUGGUGGUUUCCAGGGAGGUUUGGUCAGUUUCAACAAAAGGUGCACCGACGUCCAAGAAGAUGGAGAACGGGUCAAUGUUCACUUUGCGGAUGGCACCUCGCAAACCUUCGAUGCUGUUGUUGGUUGCGACGGUGUCAAGUCGCGGGUGCGGAACAUCCUUCAUGGAGAACAGGAAAAGUACGAACCGCAGUUCACGGGCAAGUAUGCCUAUCGAGGACUCAUCCCAAUCCACGAUGCUAUCAAUGCUCUAGGAGAGGAGAUGGCAAUGACCCAAGCUCUACUUUUCGGCUACGGGGGUCAUCUCGUCACGUUUCCAAUCGAUCAAGGCAAGACGCUCAAUGUUGUCGCCUUUAGAGGUGCCUCGGAAUGGAACCAUGGCACAAACUGGGUUGUUCCCGCCACCGUUCAAGACGCGCUCGAAGAUUUCAAAGAAUGGAGCGAACCGGUGAAAAAGCUGCUCUCUUUGCUGAAAAGACCGGACAAAUGGGGACUCUUCGAUCUCCCUCCUGCAAAGUCAUUCGUCAAAGGCGGCAAAAUUUCUCUGCUGGGUGAUUGCGCCCAUGCUUCCACGCCCCACCUCGGCGCAGGGGCCGGUAUGGCUAUAGAGGAUGCGGCUGUUCUAAGUCGACUUCUUGGGGAAAUCAAACGACCCGAGGCAAUUCAACUUGUGAAGGCCUUUGCCGCAUACGAUGUGGCUCGGAGAGGGCGUGAUCAACAGCUUGUGACUGCAAGCAGGGAUGCUGGUGUGCUUUAUGAAUUUGAAAGACCUGGAGUCGAGGAUGACAUUGAGCAAAUCCGGCAUAUUUUGAGAAAUCAGUGGGACUGGGUUUGGAACUUGGACAUUGAAAUUCAUUGUGAAGAGGCUAUCGGACUGAUGCACCGUCCAGACAUGCUGGAUGGCUCAGUCUGAGGUACAGUAACCCUAAGAGGGUCAUGGCUGUGUCGCGCCAUACUUGACCCGAUCAUCAUCUCCCACCACGAUUGAAAUGCUGUGUGCACAUCCAAUAGUCUUUACUUCUUCCCACUACCCAAGUUCUCCUGGAUCGCGCCUACAAGUGCUUGUUAGCCUAC